AUUGUUCUUGGAGACUAUUUCAAGGAAGGUACAAUAUGGUGCCGCCGGUUGUGAAGCAGACGUGGGCAGUAUCGGCAGUCCUCAUCAACAUGUUCGCCCAAGGCAUGAUGCUAAGUUACCCUUCCAGUUUGCUGCCAGCGAUCCAGGCUCCAGACUCCGACAUAAAAGUAGAUUUAAAUACAGCAUCUUGGCUAGGUAUAAAUAUGUUUUAUCAUUAUAUCUUUGCGAGGCUUAAAGGUAAUUGAAAGGUGCGUGAAAAGGUUUCCUGGUUUAUCGUAAAAAGGUGUACACGUCCUACUCAUUAACUGAACAAGCUCUGACAAAACGUUACGUCCUACAUGCGUCGAAAUGAGAGUCAAGCAGUUAGUCUAAGCUCAUUGGUCCAGUCCGGAAUAAACAAAUAUUAGACAUGUUGUGUAACAUUGCGCUGCGUCGCGCAAUUGCAUCAACUCAAUUCCGCCGGAUGUGUUAACUCACUUCUUCAAAAUGUGUUGGCCGCAUAUCGCAGGUUUGGGAAAUUCGAAAGUGGAUAUGAUAUUGAGUGGCUCGUAGAAUAUAGAGGAGUGUUAUUGAACACUUAUGGUAUGGUAUUUCACAAAUCUUCCUGUAUAUUUUUUAUAAGCUACAACUCCGUGAAAUGUAAAAGGAAUGAUAGUGAUAGGUAAUAUUUCUUUUUUACAUUUUUUUUAUUUACUGGCCACAAGGUUUAUUUUGACAGAUGGCUGAGUUGACAGAUGUAUGUAAAAUGUGUUGCGCCAUAGCGUAAUUUUAAGUUAACCCAAUAAGCCGGUGCAAUAAACUACACCUGAGUUACUAAGUUAACGCAAGGAAUUUCACUGCGUUACCCAUGUUUAGCACAUAUUCCCUACAUUAUUCCUCAGACAUGCAGGUUUCCUCAUGAAUUCUUUCUCUCAAACUAAGUGGUAAAUCAUCAAUUAAAAUUUUGAAGUCUUUUGAUAACCCGAACUCAAAUUCUACAUACCAGCUUCAUGCUGCUGUGUUACGUAUGGUGAGUGUAGGGAACCGGAGACCCUUUUUACUGGAAAAUAGGCGUUCCUUCUUAGUCCUCACGGGUGACAACGCAUCUGCAUUUUGAUUCGCAAACGAGGAUAGAUGUAGAUGUCUAUGGGCCACAGCAACCACUUACCAUCAGUUGGACUAUGUGCUCGUUUGGCAUCCUAUCCUAUAAAACAAAAAAACAAACAAACAAAUUCUACAUACUUGUACAUACUUAAAAAAUCAAAAAAAUCACGUGUCGCUUUUCGAACGUUACGUCAUAUUUAAAAUUAUUAUUGUAAAAAGCUCAUUUUAUAUUUCAGCUUCAGUGGUUGGAGUGGCUGGAAUCCCUGGCUUUCUGAUAUCUUCUAUCCUCAUGGAUUGGGGAGGUAGGAAGAUGGCGCACGCUAUAGUCAUAAUACCCGGCAUUUUGGGCUGGCUGUUCAUUUACUUAGGUGCAAAUGUAACUUCACUUAUUAUAGGAAGAUUAUUGAGUGGGUUCACGGGUGGUGCUUCAGUUUGUCUAGGAGCAGUGGUUAUUGGAGAAUAUUCAAGUCCUAAAAAUAGAGGCACUUACUUAAAUUUAAAAACAGCCAGCGUUUGCUUGGGGGGCAUGAUGAUUCACAUCCUGGGAAAUUUUUGUCACUGGAGAACUGUUGCAUUACUAUCAUUGUUCCCGUAUAUUAUUUCCCUCAUCAUAACAUUCACUUGGCCAGAAAGUCCUGCAUGGUUAGUUUCAAGAAAAGAAUUCGACAAGAGUGAACAGGCGUUUUAUUGGUUGAGAGGGCAUAGUGACGAAGCUGAAAAAGAAUUAUAUGAACUAAUCAAAGCUCAAAAGGAUAAACCAACUGUUAUAAAAAACAGCAGUUUCAACGAGAAAGUUGUUGACUUUUUAAAGAAAUUUACGAGGAAAGAUUUCGUCAAACCUGUAGUCAUUAUAGCACUUAGUGGGCUGCUAAUUGAAACUUCUUGCCGACAUAUUUUUCCCGCAUAUGCAUCACAAAUUAUUGGUGAAGUGACAGGGAACAAAUCUCAAUCGUUUUAUUAUACAUUAGCUAUCGAUAUAAUUAUAACGACCAGCGCUAUAUUUUCCUCUGUGUUGGUAAAAAUGUACAAGCGUCGCACUCUUCUAUUUGUUACUGGUUUUUCUGCUUUGUUUGUUUUAUUUAGUGUAUGCACAUACCUUUAUUUAGUAUCUAAAGCAAUAAUUUCUAAUAAUUAUACAUGGAUACCAAUAUCAUUAUUUGUACUGUACUUUAUAUUUGCCAAUUUGGGUUGUACACCAAUUCCUCUGGCUUUAUUAGGUGAAGUGUUACCAUUAGCUCACAGAGGUUCUGGAUCAGCUCUUGCAGGUCUUGUAAUGUCUAUCGCCAUACUAGUAGCACUUAAAAUUACGCCAUAUUUACUCGAAAGUGUUAAAGUUUAUGGUACAUUCACUGUUUUUGGAUCAGCUAUGGGCUUAACUCUAGUGGUGAUGUAUUUUAUAUUGCCCGAAACGAAAGAUAGAACUUUGCAGGAGAUUGAAGAUUAUUUUAAUUAUGGAAGAUUUAAGAACGACGAAAAGCUAAAUAAGGACGAAUGUGAAGAAGAUGUGAAGAUGAAAAUGAUUAGUUGAACAGGCUUGUAGUUUAUAGGUUUUUAAUAAAAGAAGAUUAACUAUCUUUUAAUAAGGAUAAUUAUCAUCUUAAAAUGAUCAAGCUAGUCAAGCGUUUAGAUAUUAAGUUUUAUCAGUAGACAUGUAAUUAUAAUUUGAAAAUAUAAGUUUAUUUU